GGAGGGGCGGGGCCGGAGCCGCUCCGGGACAGCGGGAACGGAACGGGAGAGAGAGCGGGGGGGGACAGGUCCCUCACCUGUCCCAGCUCAGCCUCUCCUGAGACCUCGCCUGUGGUGGCCACGCCUUCUCACCUGUGCCUGAGCCCACCUGAGCACACCUGAGCCCACCUGAGCUCACCUGAACCCACCUGAGCUCACCUGUCCCCCCCCGCCAUGAGGAUUUGGAGCCCCCGUUACCUGCGGGCUCACCUGGGGCUGCUGCUGCACCUGUGGGGGCUCUGCGGUGUGCCCCCAGGUGCCGCCCUGGCGUCCUCAGGUGCGACCCCGGAACCCUCAGGUGAGCCCGAGGAGGGCCAGGUGCGCCUGGCCGGGGGCCCGCACAGGUGCGCGGGGCGCGUCGAGGUGUUCCACGCGGGCAGGUGGGGCACGGUGUGCGACGACACCUGGGACCUGGCGGACGCGGCCGUCACCUGCCGCCAGGUGCGCUGCGGCCCCGCCCUGUGGGCGCCGGGCGCGGCGCAGUUCGGGCGCGGCUCAGGUGCGAUCUGGCUGGACCAGACCAACUGCAGCGGCAGCGAGGCGCACCUGGCCCAGUGCCCCGCCCACACCUGGGGCCGCAACGACUGCCAGCACGGGGAGGACGCCGGCGCCGUGUGCGCAGACUCGCUGGAGCCGGAGCCGCCUCACCUGCGCCUGGCCGGGGGCCGGCACCGCUGCGCGGGGAGGGUGGAGCUGCUGCACCUGGGCAGGUGGGCCGGGGUCUGCGGGCACACCUGGGGCCCGCGGGAGGCUCAGGUGGUCUGCAGGUACCUGGGCUGCGGGACCCCCCUGGAUGCACCUGGGGACGCACCUGGGGAUGCACCUGAGGGUGCACCUGGGGACUCACCUGAGAGUGCACCUGAGAGUGCACCUGGGGAUGCACCUGGGGCCGCACCUGGGGACGCACCUGGGGCCGCACCUGGGGCCGCACCUGGCCAGGUGUGGCUGGAACAGGUGAGCUGCAAAGGCACCGAGAGCGACCUGCGGCAGUGCAGGGCGGGGCCCUGGCGGGAGCGCACCUGUGCCCGGGGGGGCGUGGCCAACGUGACGUGCUCAGGCUGGGCGCUGGCCACGCCCCCUCAGGUGCGCCUGGCGGACGGGCCAGGUGCGUGCGCGGGCCGGGUGGAGGUGCUGCACCUGGGCAGGUGGGGCACGGUGUGCGACGACGGCUGGGCCUUCCCCGCCGCCGCCGUCGUCUGCCGCUACCUGGGCUGCGGGCAGGUGAUCGCGGCCCCGCCCCGCGCGCGCUUCGGGCCCGGCCGCGGCCCCGUCUGGCUGGACAGGCUCACCUGCACAGGUGAGGAGGCCGCGCCCCACGAGUGCCGCCACAGAGGGUGGGGAGUGCACAGCUGCCAGCACAGCGAGGACGCCGGCGUCGUGUGCGCAGGUUCGGGCCUGGCCGACCUGGUUCACCUGCGCCUGGCCGGGGGCCCGCACAGGUGCGCCGGCCGCCUGCAGGUGCGGCACGAGGGGCGCUGGGGCGGGGUCUGCGGCCUCACCUGGGCGCUGCCCGCCGCGCGCGUCGCCUGCCGCUACCUGGGCUGCGGCCCCGCCCUCGGCGCCGCCCAGGUGAGCGUGCCCCGCGACGAGCUCACCUGGGUGGAGUCGCUCAGGUGCGAGGGCGGCGAGGGGAACCUGCUGGAGUGCCAGGUGAGGGCCUGGGGCGCCCCCCCCUGCCCGCACGCCGCCGUCACCUGCGCCGAGCCAGGUGUGUCCCUGCCUGAGCCAGGUGUGAGCCCGGCACCCUCAGGUGAGCCCCAGGCGUCCCCAGGUGCAGCCCCGCCGCCCUCAGGUGCGACCCCAGAACCCCCAGGUGAGCACCUGACACCCCCAGGUGUGCCCCCAGCUGUGACCCCGGAACCCUCAGGUGUGACUGCGGAGCCCCCAGGUGAGCCCGAGGAGGGCCAGGUGCGCCUGGCCGGGGGCCCGCACAGGUGCGCGGGGCGCGUCGAGGUGUUCCACGCGGGCAGGUGGGGCACGGUGUGCGACGACACCUGGGACCUGGCGGCCGCGGCCGUCACCUGCCGCCAGGUGCGCUGCGGCCCCGCCCUGUGGGCGCCGGGCGCGGCGCAGUUCGGCGAGGGGGCGGGGCCGGUGUGGCUGGACGGGCUCAGGUGCGCCGGCAGCGAGGCUCACCUGGCCCAGUGCCCCGGGCACACCUGGGGGACGCACACCUGCAACCACGCCGAGGACGCCGGCGCCGCCUGCGCAGCCUCGGCGGCGCCGGCCCCGCCCCAGGUGCGCCUCUCAGGUGCGCCCGGCAGGUGCGCGGGGCGGGUGGAGGUGCUGCACGCGCACCUGUGGGGCACCGUCUGCGACGACGGCUGGGGCGCGCGGCAGGCGCAGGUGCUCUGCGCUCACCUGGGCUGCGGCCCCGCCCUGGAGGCGCCGGGCGCGGCCAGGUACGGCCGGGGGGAGGGGCCCAUCUGGCUCGAUGACGUCACCUGCACGGGGGAGGAGCCCGACUUCUUCAGGUGCGCCCACCGCACCUGGGGGGAGAACAACUGCCACCACGGCGAGGACGCGGGCGUGGUGUGCGCAGGUGAGGCACAGGUGUGCGCAGGUGAGGCACAGGUGUGCGCAGGUGAGGCACAGGUGUGCCAGGUGUGCACAGGUGAGGCACAGGUGUGCCAGGUGUGCGCAGGUGAGGCACAGGUGUGCACAGGUGUGCCACAGGUGUGCCAGGUGUGCGCAGGUGAGGCACAGGUGUGCACAGGUGUGCCACAGGUGUGCCAGGUGUGCGCAGGUGAGGCACAGGUGUGCGCAGGUGAGGCACGCACAGGUGUGCCAGGUGUGCGCAGGUGUGCGCAGGUGAGGCACGCACAGGUGUGCCAGGUGUGCGCAGGUAACUCGAGCUCAGGUGAGGUGCGGCUGGCGGCCGGGCCGCACCUGUGCGCAGGUAGGGUGGAGGUGCUGCACGAGGGGCGCUGGGGCACCGUGUGCGACCACGGCUGGGACCUGAGCGACGCCCAGGUGGUGUGCCGCCAGGUGCGCUGCGGGCCGGCGCUGGCGGCCCCGGGCGGGGCGCGCUUCGGGCGGGGCUCGGGCCAGGUGUGGCUGAGCGAGCUCACCUGCGCGGGCAGCGAGCGGCACCUGGGGCACUGCCCCGCCCCCCCCUGGGGCAGCAACACCUGCGGGCACGAACGCGACGCGGCGGUGGAGUGCGCAGCCCCGCCCCCCACACCCUCACCUGUCCCUCACCUGUCUCACCUGUCCCUCACCUGUCCCUCACCUGUCUCACCUGUCUCUCACCUGUCCCUCACCUGUCCCUCACCUGUCUCACCUGUCCCUCACCUGUCUCACCUGUCCCUCACCUGUCUCACCUGUCCUGUCCCCGCAGCCCCGCCCCCCACGCCCUCACCUGUCCCGACGGCUCCGGGGGCGCCUCUCCAGGUGCGCCUGGCCGGGGGCCCGCACAGGUGCGCGGGGCGCGUCGAGGUGUUCCACGCGGGCAGGUGGGGCACGGUGUGCGACGACACCUGGGACCUGGCGGCCGCGCGGGUCACCUGCCGCCAGGUGCGCUGCGGCCCCGCCCUGGGCGCGCCCGGCCGCGCCCGCUUCGGGCCCGGCGCCGGCCCCGUGUGGCUGGACCAGGUGCGCUGCUCAGGUGAGGAGCUCACCUUGGACAGGUGCGAGCGGCAGCCCUGGGGGGAGCACGACUGCGGGCACGAGGAGGACGCGGGCGUGGUGUGCGCAGGUGAGCACGGCACAGGUGCCGACCCCCCCCAGGUGCGGCUGCGGGGCGGCCCCGGGCCCUGCGCGGGGCAGGUGCAGGUGCUGCUGCAGCGCACCUGGCUGCAGGUGUGCGGCCUCACCUGGGGGCUGCCCGAGGCGCAGGUGCUGUGCCGGCAGCUGGGCUGCGGCCCCGCCCUCGGCGCACCUGUGGGGCCGCACCUGCCGGGGGCGGGGCCUCACCUGGCCGGGCUCACCUGCGACGGCUCCGAGUCGCAGCUGCAGGAGUGCCUGCGGGAGGGGGCGGGGCCGAGCACCUGCACAGGUGGGGCGGCGCAGGUGCGCUGCGCCCUGCCCGCAGGUGCGGCCCCCACCUGCGCGUACCUGGUGGCGCUGCUGGUGCUGCUGACGUCGCUGGGCGGGGCCCUGCUCUGGCUCACCUUGCGGGCCAGGUGUGUCCCAGCUCACCUGGACGCCCCGAGGGCCCCCGGCGCCAUUUACCUGCCCAGGAGGGACUCACCUGGCGAGGCCGAGGAGCUGCAGCUGAUGGACGACGCCCCCUGAGCUCACCUGGCGGGGCUCACCUGGCGGGGCUCACCUGGAGCUCACCUGGAGCCUGGAGCUCAGCUGGAAUCCCUCACCUGAAAUCCUCACCUGAAAUCCUCACCUGGAAUCCUCACCUGGCCGCUCUCACCUGGAAUCCUCACCUGCAAUCUUCACCUGCAAUCUUCACCUGGACCUUACCUGGAAUCUUCACCUGGAAUCGCUCACCUGAACCUCAUCUGGAAUUCUCA